GGCGCACCUCACGCUCGACGAGCGAAUGGGCAGCCGCGGCUCCUCCUCCUCCUGCCGCAACUCCUCCCCCUCCACCGCCGGCAGCCGCCAUCUCGGCCCACCUCGGGCAAUCUCGGGCCACCUCGGAGGCGGCGGGGGAGGCGGAGGCGGAGGCGGCGGCGGCGGCGGAGGCGGCGGAGGAAGCGGGGGCCGCGCGCCAGCGAGCAGCCGCGGCGUGCGCAUCGACGUGCCCGACGGCGGUGGCGGCCCAACCAGCGGGCCACGGCGCGUCGCGUCGCUGCCGAAUGCGAUGCCUGACGGCCAAUCUCGGGCGAUGCCUGAGGGCCAGAGGCCGCCCGCGUUGGCCAAGAGUGCGACCACGGGCCACGCGGGGUUGGAGGCGCUCGGCUCGCGGCUGGACGAGCUGCGCGCCGCGGUGUGGACACAGGCCGGGUCGCCGCCACACGAGGCGACGGCGGGCGUGCGCGAGGUCGCGGCGAGGCGCUCGCUCUACCUGCAGACCCUCUCGAGCCUCCGCCGUGUCGCGGGGCUUGGUGCGGGCCAGUUCGGGUGCGUCUCCCUUGUGACGGACGUGCACGGGCAGCCGCACGCGCUCAAGUCGCUUUGGAAGGGGCAGCUGAUCGCGUCCGGCAGCGUCGGUGCCGUGGUGCGCGAGCGUGAGCUGCUCGCGUCGGUGAGCCACCCCGCAGUGGUGCGGCUCGAGGCCUCCUUCCAGGACGCGCGGCGCGUGUUCCUGCUGCUAGAGCCGGUCCUCGGCGGCGAGCUGUAUGCGGUGCUGCACAUGCUGGGUCGCCUCGAGGAGGGGCAGGCCCGCUUCUACGCCGCGUGCGUCGCCGACGUGCUCGGCCACCUGCACGACGUGAGCGGCAUCGUGUACCGCGACCUCAAGCCGGAGAAUUUGCUCGUCGAUGGCGUCGGCUACCUCAAGCUCGUCGACUUUGGGCUCGCCAAGCGGCUGCGGCCCCUCGCGGACGACGGCGAGGUGCACGCCGCAGAGCGGACCUCGACUAUCUGCGGCACGCCCGAGUACCUCGCCCCCGAGAUGGUGCGGGGGGAGGCGUACAGCUUCUCCGUCGACUGGUGGGCGCUCGGCAUGCUGCUCUUCGAGAUGCUCGCCGGCGUGCCCGCCUUCCGCAGCGCCGACCCGGCAGAGGUGUACCGCAAGAUCCUCGUCGAGGCUCCGCGUUUGCUCUUCAAGAGCAGCGCCGAGUGCGACGCUCUGCUGGCCGGUCUGCUCGCCAAGGCUCCCGAGCAGCGGCUCUGCGCGGCGGACGAGGUCUGCGACGCGCCUUUCUUCGCAGCGAUCGCGUGGUCGAGCUUGCGCAGCCGCAGCACGCCCGCCCCGUUCCGGCCGAAGAUCGCGCACCCGACGGACACGUCCAACGUCGUCACCAUCGAAAAGUACGCGAGCCCGGCGAGCGAGGAGGGCGACGGCGCCGAGUGGGACCGCUACCUCACGAGCGCCACUUUGCGCAGCUCCACGCACCCCUUCGCCUCCUUCGCUUCGGGCGUGUGGUAAAGAGAUGGUGUUUGUGAGCCUCGUGUGGCGUCUCGUGUGGAGGCAGCCAACUUUGAGUGUCCAUUGCCAGCGCGGCGGCCCCUUAGAUUAGCUUGUAGGUUGGUGUUGCGAUCGAGGGACGAGGCGAAAUCA